AUGAUUCAAUUACUUUUUGAUGAUUCAACAACAAAUUUUCCUUUACAAAUACAUUCUCAGACCGCAAAACUUGAUUAUAUUUGGAAUAAUGAUUCUUCAAACUUUAUUUGGAAUCAUUUGUUUUCUAAUCAAUUAAACUUUGAUAGGUUUGCCUGCGAAAAAGAAAGUUUGGCCGUUUUAUUUAAAAUUUUGACACAAGGAGGAAAUAAAUUUUCAUGCCUUACUUUUACAUUACUUCACGCUAAUUUUUACAAUUUAAUUAUAAAGGUUUGGACAUUUUUUAUAUUUUUGUUACUCUAUAACUUUUCGAAAUAGUGUUCAAGGGAAGAAAGCCAAAAAUUGGCAAUAAGUGUAAUUUUUAUCUAGAAAAUGCUGGUCACUCAGGAGGUUUAAGAAAGGGCUGGUACAUGUCGCUUAUUGGGCUGGGAAAAAUUUUCAGUUUGUUUUCAAUAAAAAUUGUCAGUUUAGCUGUAGCCACGUUUUUCGGGGACUUAAUCGGAAAGGAAUUUUUGAAAAU